UGGGGUUGGGCAGCCAGGAGGAGUAGCUUAUUUUUUUCUCAACUGUAUCAUAUGGCUAGCUAUGUUGGACGAGAAAGAGAGAAAUAGCAAGUCAAGAAAGUUCUAAAGAAUGGGCGGUGGAGAGGAUACUGAUGACCAGUGCAGUUGGAGUCACAAUCUCAACGAUGACAUGUCAGGACUGCAAACGUACUUAGCAGGAAAGGUGCCCAGCAGGGAGGAUAUCAGGGCACGUGUCCAGCAGUUUGUGGAGGAGAGGAUGCAGACUACCAUGUUGACUGGCGUGCUGAUCGGGGCUGUGGUGGCAGUUUCUCUAAUUGGCAUCGUGGUGCUCUUCCUCUAUAGAAGAUACAAGCUGGCCAGUGGACAGCAGGCUGUUCCGCGCUAUCGCUUCAGGAAGAGAGACAAGGUGCUCUUCUACGGCCGGAAGAUUAUGAGGAAGGUCCAGACCCUUUCCUCAACUCCAUCUUCUACCUCUGUGUCCAAGCUGCGCCCUCGGAAGAGACCCAAAGUCCUGAGUAUAGCUCGCAGGAUCCUGCGUAUCCGUAAGGAGCCCCCUACUCUGCAGCCCAAGGAACCCCCUCCCUCCCUGCUGGAGGCGGACCUGACUGAGUUUGAUGUUCAGAACUCCAACCUGCCCUCAGAGGUCCUCUACAUGCUCAAAAACGUCAGGGUGCUGGGUCACUUUGAAAAGCCUCUGUUCCUGGAGCUGUGUCGUCACAUGGUCUUUGUGGAGCUGCAGGAGGGGGAGGGGCUCUUCCGGCCGGGCGACGACGACGACAGCAUCUACGUUGUCCAGGAUGGACGUCUGGAACUCUGCAUCCACGAGAAUGAUGGCACAGAGCCGGUUGUGAAGGACGUGCUCCCGGGGGACAGUGUCCACAGCCUGCUCAGUAUUCUGGACAUCAUCACCGGUUACCCCGCCCCCUAUAAGACUGUGUCAGCGCGGGCUGCGUCUCGCUCCACUAUCCUGCGUCUGCCCGCCUCAGCCUUCCAGUCUGUGUUUGAGAAGUACCCCGAGACUCUGGUGCGCGUCAUUCAGAUCAUCAUGGUGCGACUCCAGAGAGUGACUUUCCUGGCAUUACAUAAUUACCUGGGCCUGACCACAGAGCUCUUCAACCCGGAGCGUCAGGCGGUCCCCUUGGUGGCGGUCGCUGGGGUGAUAGAGGGGAGUCCGGGCAGGAUCCCACGCAGACCCCACUUUCAGGAGGACCCAGUCUUCGCCCCCACACCUGCCCUCGCAGAAACCUCCUCAGACACAGACGCCGGGAAAGAGAGUCCGUCCAACGCCUUUAGGAAGAUGCGCUCUAUCUCUAUGCCCACUGACGGUACAGCAGGGGUGGCAGGGAUCGACCUGAACAUGGCGUACGAGCGAGCCAGAGUCACCAUAGACGAGCGCCCCUCCAGCCCUGUCAUUUACAAGUCCAUCCUGAAGAAGAGUGUGACCAUGCAGCACACGCCCUCUGCCGUGUUCCACUACACGGACAGCGGGGGGCGCUCCGACACCGUCCACCCCAGCAAGGUCAGCUCCAUCUUUCAGGCUGCCAAGAAAGACCUGCUGGGCAUCAUCCAGCUGCAGGACCCUGGUCUGUUGGAGGGCAGGGUGACUCUGCACCAGGUCAAAGCGGGCUCUGUGGUGGCCAGACAGGGAGACCAGGAGGUGAGUGUGCAGUUUGUGAUCUUGGGCCUGCUGCAUGUGUACCAGCGGAUGAUCGACCGCGAGGAGGACACAUGUCUGUUUGUGACCCACCCCGGGGAGCUGGUGGGCCAGCUGGCUGUACUGACCGGCGAGCCCCUCAUCUUCACUGUCCGAGCCCACCGAGACUGCAGCUUCCUCUCCAUUUCCAAGACCCACUUCUACGAGAUCAUGCGUGCAGAACCCACAGUGGUGCUGAACGUAGCUCACACGGUUGUUCGGAGGAUGUCGUCCUUCGUCAGGCAGAUAGACUUUGCUCUGGACUGGAUGGCUGUGGAGGCCGGCCGGGCAGUCUACAGACAGGGGGAUAAGUCAGACAGCACCUUCAUAGUUCUGAGUGGCCGUCUGCGCUCCGUCAUCAUGAAGGAGGACGGCAAGAAGGAGCUGACCGGAGAGUACGGCCGCGGUGACCUCAUCGGCGUGGUGGAGGCCCUGACCCAUCAGAACAGAGCCACCACGGUGCAUGCAGUACGUGACUCGGAGCUGGCCAAACUACCAGAGGGAGCACUCGGCUACAUUAAGAGGAAGUUCCCACAGGUAGUCACGAGGUUGAUUCACCUUCUUGGCCAGAAGAUCCUUCAGCAGGUCAAUGGCCCUCUGACAGCCCGGAGCCUGGCCCUGCACACCCCAGGCAGUAAGUGGGAUGCAGGGAACCCGGCGUCCAACCUGUCCACGGUCACCGUGCUGCCUGUGUCUGAGGAGGUACCCCUCACAGCCUUCACGCUGGAGCUGCAGCACGCACUCAUCGCCAUUGGCCCCACACUUCUACUGACCAGCGACAGCAUCAAGCAGCGCCUGGGAGCGGCCGCACUGGACAGUGUUCAUGAGUAUCGUCUGUCCAGUUGGCUGGGCCAGCAGGAGGACAUCCACCGUAUCGUGCUCUACCAGACAGACUACACCCUGACCCCCUGGACCCAGCGAUGUAUCCGCCAGGCCGACUGCAUCAUCAUCGUGGGACUGGGGGAGCAAGACCCCGCUGUGGGGGAGUUGGAGCGGAUGCUGGAGGGCAGUGCGGUGAGGGCCCAGAAGCAACUGGUGUUGUUACACAGGGAGGACGGCCCCCCGCCCCAGGGCACUGUGGAGUGGCUCAACAUGAGGAGCUGGAUCUCCAGACACCUGCACCUCUCCUGCCCACGCAGGGUCUUCUCCAAGAGAAGCCUGCCCAAACUGAUUGAGAUGUAUCAGCGUGUGUUCCAGAAGCCGGCUGACCGCCACUCUGACUUCUCCCGGCUGGCCAGGGUCCUGACCGGGAACGCCAUCGCCCUCAUACUGGGGGGAGGAGGGGCCAGGGGCUGUUCUCAGGUGGGUAUCAUGCAUGCUCUGAGUGAGGCAGGGAUCCCUGUGGACCUGGUGGGAGGUGUUUCCAUCGGCUCCCUGAUGGGGGCGCUGUACGCAGAGGACCGCAGUCACUGCCGCAUGAGGAUGAGGGCACGAGAGUGGGCUAUGGGAAUGACGUUGGUGUUUAAGAAGGUGUUGGACCUGACCUACCCCAUCACUUCUAUGUUCUCUGGCGCUGCCUUCAACUCCAGCAUUUACACGGUGUUCACGGACAAGCAGAUAGAGGACCUGUGGAUCCCCUAUUUCAACAUCACCACUGACAUCACUGCCUCCACCAUGAGAGUGCACACAGACGGCUCUCUGUGGAGGUAUGUGCGUGCCAGCAUGUCUCUCUCUGGCUACCUGCCCCCUCUAUGUGACCCUAAAGACGGACACCUACUGAUGGACGGUGGCUACAUCAACAACCUACCAGCGGACGUGGCUCGCUCCAUGGGUGCCAAGGUGGUGAUCGCCAUAGACGUGGGCAGCCAGGACGAGACCAACCUCACCAACUACGGCGACUCGCUCUCCGGCUGGUGGCUGCUAUGGAAACGCCUCAACCCACUGGCAGAGAAAGUCAAGGUGUUGAACAUGGCAGAGAUUCAGACGCGGCUGGCGUACGUGUGCUGUGUGCGUCAACUGGAGGCAGUGAAGAGCUGUGACUACUGCGAGUACAUCAGGCCUCCCAUAGACCGCUACCGUACACUGGAGUUUGGCAAGUUUGACGAGAUCGCUGAGGUGGGCUACCAGCACGGCAAGACGGUGUUUGACGUGUGGAGUCGCAGUGGAGUGGUGGAGAAGAUGCUGAAGGACCGUCGUCAGGAAGAGUUUCACAACACUCACAGCAACAACAACGGACCCGUGACCUGUCCUAAUGCCUCCUUCACUGACCUGGCAGAGAUCGUGUCCCGCAUCGAGCUGGCCAAACCAGCUCUGGUCGACGAGGAGUCCGACUACCCCACAGACUAUGAGGAGGAGGCGGUGGAGAGUGCCUACUCCGACUUUGAGCUGUCCAAUCACUACAGCGAACACACCACCGAGGGGGAGGAGACUGCGGACACGGAUGAAGAGCUGCUGGACAUGGGGAGAAGACGUCGCCCUCCUCCCCCGGGCUACAGCGACAUGAGCCCCCUCUCCUCCCCCCACCCCCCGCCUACAGCCCCACCCUUUGGAGGAAACUGAGGGGAACCCCACCGCUGAGCGAAGACCAUGCCAAGAGUCACUGAACCCACCGUCUGGAAGCGCAAGGAACUGACUCUCUGGCUCCCUCCAGCACUAGCGCUAACACAGUGCCUUACAGACCCACAACAAAUACAAGGAACUGACUCCCUGGCUCCCUCCAGCACUAGCGCUAACACAGUGCCUUACAGACCCACAACAAAUACAAGGAACUGACUCCCUGGCUCCCUCCAGCACUAGCGCUAACACAGUGCCUUACAGACCCACAACAAAUACAGGACCAACUAUUUUCAACAGUCAAUGCAUAAUCCUAUUCCUGUCUGAGUCUGUCCGCCACCUGGAGAUGGUGGAGAUUGAUUGUUUGUGUCCCGUGUUCUGCCCUCUGAAUAUAAAUCACUUAAUGGGACACAAGCUGGGCGGUGGUGAAGAUGGGGCGGUCUCUUCUGAAAUGGCUGCCUACUGGUCUUCUGUACGCCUGAGGUCCGCGAUACGACGAGAAGAAAGAGGAUCCUUUCCGAGUCACGGGGGGCGCAGUUGGGCGGCAAUUGGACGUGCACAGUGUGUGACGGGACACACAGAAGAAGCAGCGGUAGCAUCUGGUUAUUCUUCUCAUCCGUCUUCUGGCUUCAGUCAAUUAGAUGAAGGGUUAAAUGCAGACCACACUGUUAAUGCCAUAUAGCAUUUAUCUAUGUACAGGAACAUCCAAGACCGCUAGACGAUUGACCAGUGUAACACAGUUGAUUUGACUAAUGAACGAUUAACCUUUACUUACCUCUAGAACUAACUUUAUAGAUGCAGAACAUUAAGCAAAUCAAUGCAAGGUAUUAUUAUAAUUUUUACGCGUGUUUAUCAGUGUCUUUAACCCAGCUGAUAUUCACGCACCGGCAGCCUUUCAUUGUGUUGUAGAUCUUAGAAAGUCCCCUGAGGUUGUAAGGCGUCCUGAAUGGCAACCUAUUCCUUUUACAGUGUACUACUGUAGACCUGUAGGGCUCGGAGCAGAGGUAAUGCAUUAUACAAGGGGAUAGGAUUGGGAGUCAACCUAUUCCUUUUACAGUGUACUACUUUAGACCAGUAGGGCUCGGAGCAGAGGUAAUGCAUUAUACAAGGGGAUAGGAUUGGGAGUCAACCUAUUCCUUUUACAGUGUACUACUGUAGACCAGUAGGGCUCGGAGCAGAGGUAAUGCAUUAUACAAGGGGAUAGGAUUGGGAGUCAACCUAUCUAAAUGCAGAAGAGACACUGUGUGUGUGUAUGCGUGUGUGUGUGAGCGUGUGUGUGUGACUGUGUGUGUGUGUGUGUGUGUGAGCGUGUCCGUAACAGGAGUCUUGUUUAUAAAAUGCAUGCAUAUGUUCAGUGAAUGGAACAAAGCUUUUUUGUGAACCCUUACUGAACUAAACCAACUUCACCUUUUUAACACCAAUUCAAGCUAUUUAAUUGUGCCUUUGACUGACAAUCACUUGCUGAUUAGUUCAACUUGAAUGUUGAGCACAGUUUGCCAAUGACCCUGUUAAACAAUGAAGAACUGGUGUAGUAUUUAGACGUGUGUGAAUGUUAUUUGUAUGUUUUUGAUCAUUCAUUGUAUAACACUAAUCACUAAUAAUAAACCACUAUUGGUUA